AUGAAGCGGAAGUUGGACGAAAACAACGAGCCGGCUCCCAAGGAGUCGCAGCCCGCCGGCACGGAGAACGGGGCGAAGAAACCGUCGUUUACCGACUUUGGCCUCGACCCUCGACUUGUGCAGGCGAUUGCCCAAGAACAGUACAGAGAACCUACUUUGGUGCAAGCCAAGGCGAUACCUUUAGGUCUAGAGGGCAAGGAUGUUUUGGCCAAGGCAAAGACGGGAUCCGGAAAGACGGCGGCGUAUCUUCUUCCAGUUCUGCAAGCCAUUCUUAAAAGGAAACAGACGAACUCUGCCGCUUUUACCUCGGCCUUGAUUCUUGUACCGACCCGAGAGCUCGCAGACCAGGUGCACAAAGUCAUCGAAUCCCUCGCCGCCUUUUGCGCCAAGGACAUACAAGCCGUUAAGUUGACGGACAAGAUUUCCGAAGCCGCCCAGCGAUCGCUCCUCUUGAACUCGCCCGAUAUCGUCGUCUCAACACCUGCGAGGACGUGGUCCAACAUCAGCUCGUCCGCCCUCUCUCUUGACAAACUCACACACCUUGUCCUGGACGAGGCCGAUCUCGUCCUGUCGUACGGCUACGAAGAUGACUUGCGAAACGUAUCCAAGAAACUACCCAAGGGAAUCCAGACCAUCCUGAUGAGCGCGACGCUCACGACCGAGGUCACCACGCUCAAGGACAUGUUCGCUCACAGCCCCGUCGUCCUGAACCUGGAGGAGAAGGAUGCGGAAGGCGAGGGGAUCGAGCAGUAUGUCGUCAAGUGCGCCGAAGAUGAAAAGUUCCUGCUCAUCUAUGUCAUCUUCAAACUCAAGCUCAUCAAGGGCAAGAGCAUAAUAUUCGUAUCCGACGUGGACCGCUGCUACCGUCUCAAGCUUUACUUUGAACAGUUUGGUAUCCGCAGCUGCAUUCUCAAUUCAGAACUCCCCGUCAACUCGAGGAUACACGUUGUGGAGGAAUUCAACAAGAAUGUCUACGAUAUCAUCAUUGCGUGUGACGAGAAUGAGGUGAUUGGUGACGAGGAAUCUCCCAAGGACGGCGCCGAAGCUGCGACCGCCGCGGAAGGCGCCAAGGCCGAAUCGAAAACGGAGGAAGCCCCGAAAAAGAAAAGAGGAAGACCGUGGCAUGGCGCUCUCUUUCGUGAUCCCCGCGAGCAAUACCGGAAACACGUACCCACCUCGAUUGAGUCGACAGAAAAGGACGAAAAGGUGCUGGCGAGGAUAGAGAAGCAGCAGGCGAAACUGGACAAGGAAGUCAAGCCGUACAACUUUGACAUGGAGCAGGUGGAGGCCUUCCGUUACCGCAUGAAUGAUGCGCUACGGUCGGUCACGAGGGUGUCUAUCCGCGAGGCGCGUACGAGGGAACUGCGAGAGGAGCUCCUGAAGAGCGAGAAGCUGAAGCGCCACUUUGAAGAGAACCCCAACGAACUCCACCACCUGAGGCACGAUGGAGAACUCAGGGCUGCGCGAACACAGGCUCACCUCAAGCACGUGCCCGACUAUCUACUACCCGCGGAGGGUGCCAAGGGCCUAACGGCGCAAGAGAUUGGGUUCGUUCCGUUUACGAAAUACGACAAGAAGAAGAGGACCAAGAAGUUCAAGGUGGGGAAGAAGCGGUCAGACCCGCUGCGGUCCUUCAAGGCGAGGUCAAAGGCGAAGAAAUGA